GUCUUGUAUAAGCGGAUCUUGCAGCUCCACCGGGCUCUGCCCCCGGACCUCAAAGCCUUGGGCGAUCAGUACGUGAAGGACGAGUUUAGGAGACAUAAGACUGUUGGUUCUGGCGAGGCCCAGCGCUUCUUGCAGGAAUGGGAGAUUUAGGUCAGAUGGGACUUUGCUCUGGAGACCUUUUCUGUACCAGGCCUCAUUUCUCAGCUGAAGCAUUCCCAUGGCACUCUGGGUCCAUUUCUACUAUGGCCUAUGCAGCGGUGUUACAGCAACAAGCUAAGGACAGCAGACAAAGUUCAACAGGAAUAGCUUGUUUUGGCACCUCUCUCCCAGAAGAAAAACUCAAUGACUUUCGUGAUGAGCAAAUUGGACAGUUGCAAGAGCUGAUGCAGGAGGCUACUAAACCCAAUCGGCAGUUUAGUAUCACUGAGUCAACGAAACCUAAAUUGUGAUAUAUAAAUCUUAACGAAGCAUGUUAAAUUUAUAACCUUAUACCUCAUCUCUCAUUGGCUCUUUAAGACAUAUCACUGCAGCUUUAGUGGAAUAGUAUCUUAUUUUGGGACAGUGUGAAUGAUUCAUUGAUCAAGAUCACAAAGGGUACACUCUGCUGUCACUGGAAUAUUGUAUUUGCUGUGUGGAAUGUAAUUUUGUGGAAUUUAAAUUUUGGACUAAAAGGUGUAAAGAAGAACACACUUUGGAAUUGUACUGAAAAUUUCUCUUUUGUAUAGGAAUAUUUUAAAUUUUAUUCCCAUCAAGCAUUAGCUCAUGGCUUGUUUCUAGUUUCAUCAGUUAAAUAAAUAAAUCAUGAUACCGGUA